AUGACACCGAAAAGUCGUCCUUCAACGCUCCUACACGCACCUACAUGCGCGACACCAAGGCCAUGGCUACCACAGUGUACCACUCCCGCCGAUUUCAAGGAGUACCCAAGCUCCUACGUGUUCAUCAUCGACAUGCCUGAGAAUGCCAACACAGAUGCUAUCUCUGCGAACCAUCCAAACUGCCUUGGAGCCGCCAUAACAAAAGAGCAAGAUACAGCUCUAACAUUUGCUGCAGCUGCAAAACGCACCCGUUUUGUAAAAAAACUCUUGAAAUUGAUGACAGUGGAAGAAUUAGAAUUGAAAACCAACAACUGCACGGCCCUUUAUUUUGCUGCUCAAACAGAAAUCGUAACAAUUGCAGAAGAGCUGGUGAAAAGGCACAAAGAUCUGCCAUCGAUAUUCCCCGAGAACUGCAUCCAACUUUUACCACUUUACGCGGCAAUAAGGACUGGAAAUAGAGACAUGGUGUCGUAUCUAUACUCGGUGACUCCUGUUAAAGACUUGGCUUAUAUGGAUCGCUUUGAGCUCUUUAACGCUGCAAUUUCCAAUGAUUUGUUUGGCUUCAGAGGUCGGUUCUGCAACAAAGCCAUGAUGAAAGCAUCAGCCCAUCAAUUAGUUUACCGCCUUUGGAAAGUGGUUGUAGACGGCGACAAUUUCUCGUCGACUUUGGUUGACGGCCAUCAUAUAGAACUACUUGUUGAAGCUGCAAAAGUUGGGAAUGUUGAAUUUCUACUUAUACUUAUUCGCUCUUGUCACGAUCUCAUACGGCUACGAGACCAAAAACAUGGAACUUUAUUUCACAUUGCUAUUAAACAUCGACAAGAGCGUGUAUUUAAUUUAAUAUAUGAGAUAGGUGUUGCGAAGGUCAACCUUGCGACCUAUCAUGCCGAAGGGGCAAACAACAUGCUGCACUUAGCUGGACAAUUGCCUUCUUCAGAUCGACUGAAUAUUGUAUCUGGAGCAGCCCUUCAAAUGCAACGAGAGUUGUUGUGGUUUCAAGAGAUAGAAAAGAUUGUGCGAAAGUCAUUUGUGAACGAGAGGAAUGAAAAUGGAGAAACACCCAAGGAUAUAUUUGUGAAUACCCAUGAAGAACUACGGAAGAAUGGUGAAAAGUGGAUGAGAAACACGGCAAACUCUUGCAUGCUCAUGGCAGCACUGAUUGUCACCGUGGUUUUUCCAGCUGCCUUCACAAUACCGUUGGCAACAAUCAAGAAACAGGCAUUCCUAUAUUUCUAA